ACAAAGACAUAAACUAUCAAGCUGACGCGCGGCUGACAGGCUGGGACGAUAUGUCGAGAAGCUACACUUCUCACGAUCUAAUUAAUUAACACGCAUUAAAAUUCAUAAAUCCUAGAUUAUUUAACUUAUCUAACAAGUUGAAAACUUGACUGGUUGCCCCUGUGAUGGUUUGAUGUUUCGGAAAUUUUGAGAUAUUUUGUGAUUUUGUUUUUCAUAUCUAAUUUCGUUUCGGACUUUAACAAAAGACAUGGUUUCUCGCCUUAUACAGUUGCGUGUUAUCGUCACAACGUUUCUUCUGUCGGGAACAUAUUUGUCGUCUGCUCAACAACAAAAACCAGUCGCAGGAUGCAGACCGAUUGCGGAUGUGAUAUUUUUGUUGGACGGUUCUGACAGUAUAUCCGAGCAGGAAUUCAGUCAGCAGCUCGAUUUUAUCAAGCGUUUCGUCCAACUGUCGGACAUCAGUCCGGAAUCGGUACGUGUUGGACUGACGGUAGUUAGCAGUACAAUUGGUGAUGAGUUUCCACUUUCUUUGAACUCGACCAAAGAGAAUUUAUUACAAGUACUGAAUACGAUAAAUCAACCGCAAGAGGGAAGUCGAACCGACUUGGGACUGGUUGAAAUGGAACAAUUGUUCAACAGACACGCAAGGCGUGGUGUUUUACGAAUCGGUGUCAUUCUCACAGACGGACGGGCUAAAUAUGUACGGGCGACUGAGGGAGAAGCGCGUGUGAUAAAGGACGCUGGCGUCUUUCUUAUCGCAGUAGGUGUCGGUAGAUUAAUCAAGUUUGCUGAACUAGAGAAAAUAGCAUCAACAACUAACAAUGCUUACAAUUUGGAGCCAAUCGACAGGUCAACUAAGUAUCUCGCCGAAACUGUUGCAUUGAUUGGACAAGAUGCAUGCACGGGUCAUAACCUGGUAAACCAGUUUAAUUUAAAUCCGCCGACACAAUUAUCCGGUGGUAACAUAGUUAGCAACCAAGAACAGGCGAAUAUAGCAUCAACACUUAUGACAAGUAGUCAAGAUCAAGCUCUAACGAAUAAAGCACCAACACUUACGGCAAGUAGUCAAGAUCAAGCUCUAACGAAUAAAGCACCAACACUUACAGCAAGUAGUCAAGAUCAGACGCUCUCGAAUGUAGCAUCAACAUUCACAAGCGUGCAAGAGCUACAAGCGGCCAAUCAACCACUCCUUAAUCUAAAUCCUUUUAAUGGAAACCAGCCUUGGCGAAUUAACAAAGCUGUACCGAAGACAGAUUCAACCCAAUUGUAUUUAGAAAACUCCGGCGGAAUCUUGCCAAGUUCUGUCCAGUCAGCCGUUCAAAUAGCCAUAUCACCAAUGUUAAAUUCAAACGCCGCAAAUUCUAGCCCGAUCAGUGCCUCCACAGCGGUAGACCCCUCAAUUGAUCCCUCAUUAAUCGGCUUAGAAUAUAUCAGCGGAAACCUUCCUGGUCCAGUGAAGCCGAACAAACCGAUGGUGGAUAGAUUUAGUAGUAAUUUUAAUUCUGUGAAACAAAGUAUGCCGGACAAACUAGGCAUGGCUGUAGAAACUGUGAAUCAAAAUGUGCCCGGUCAACUAGGCAUGGCUGUAGAAACUGUAAAUCAAAAUGUGCCGGGACAACUAGGCAUGGCAGUAGAAACUGUGAAUCAAAAUGUGCCGGGACAACUAGGCAUGGCAGUAGAAACUGUGAAUCAAAAUGUGCCAGGACAAGUAGGCGUAGCUGUAGAAAUACCUGCAGCUGAUCAAUUAAUGUUGAAUUUGGAUUCAAUCAAUGGAAACAUACAAUCUGUACAGACGAAUUCUGCCAUGCCUAUGGCCGAUCUGUCACAAAUUAAUUUGCAAUUUUCAAACAGGAACAUGCCAAGUGAUAGAACUAAUCAAAUGGACAACUUGCUGAAACAAAACAGCCUAUCUUCGAUCAGCAGAAACUUCGAUGUGAAAAUGGAGCCAUUCAUUGCCGUGGACACAAUCAAGUCAAGAGUUCCAAGUCAACAAUCUCCCAUACCAGACUCAAAUAUUAACCUAGACAUGUUCGGUUCACAGGGUACAGUCCAAGAACUAGCACCUUACAAUAUACAGAUAGGAAAUGAUCAACGACCGCUGACAAGGUUUGCUGCACCGCAAUUAGUCUACACGCCGGCUCCUAAUGUAAUGGUAGCCACCACAACUCCAGCCACUCAACAUAUUCCUGUUAAAGCUUCUAUACCAAAGGUACCAGCAACAACAAAAAGCCCCAGACCGCAGCCAAAUGUCGAAAAGUACCUGGAAAAAAGCCCAACUCCCGGCGAGACAGCAAAUAUGAUAAUCCAAUCACUGAUUGCAAAUAAAGACCUCUCAAACGGUAUUCUCUCUGAUAUGAAUAAAGUGAACGGAGUAACUCCAAGCGGCGUGCUGCCAACAAGAUCAAUGGGUGCUAAAAUCAUUCCCACCCAGGGCGUGGGUGUAAAUUUUCCUGGACGAACCGUUUCCGAGACAUUGGCCUUUCUGAAACAGGAAAUAAAGCCGGCGAGGACGGUUGAAGAGCAUUUGAAUCCAAUAUUUCAAAUGUUUGAUGCCACAGGUCCUGCUCAAAAUAUCUGGAGGACGAAAGCCGCAACUGUCCAGCCAACAACAACAACCAUGUCACCAAGAGAUUCCUACAGAAGAGCUGAGAUGGCAGCCCUUAAAGACCACUGUUCAAAAGGACGUUUCGUAGACGGAAUUUCUUAUAUUUCAAAGCCGGGAACAUGUUCCGAGUUUUUACAAUGUUACAAAGAGUCCAACGAGUUAAAAGCUCGAGUUGCCACGUGCCCGUUUGAAACUUUUUUUGAUGACGUUCACUCGGUAUGUCGUCAUUACACAGAGCACAACUGUUGGACAGACCCAUGCGUGGACAACACUAUUGCCUCAUACGCACAUCUGGGUAACUGUCGUGCCCACUGGAACUGUCAAGGGGGACAAUCUAGGCCCGUCUGCUGUCCGUCUGGAACGUCAUACGUACCAGGAUUCGGUUGUGCACGUAACGUCACGUGCACGGACACGUGCAUGGACUUUGGAAAUCUUAAUGAAGUUACACAUGCCUCAAAGUGCAAGCUCCUGUCUGUGGAUGCUGACCCACAUUUUUACUUCGAGCACGUGGCUGGUAUGGGUUGGAUGGUGCGCAUGUGUGCUCAGGGGUCCAGGUUCGACCAGAUUCUUUGUAAAUGUCACGGUGCCAACGAAGUAGUCAAAGACGUGUGCAAGCCCGAGCUGUAUAUGGACUUCCAGGGUGGUCUAGUUGAUGUGUCAGGGAAUAAUCUAGCUAUGGGUAUAUACAAUGUAGAGUUAGAUGGCGGCACUGGAGCAUUCUUUGGGAAAUCUCACCUAAAACUCUGGCGAUUUUCUGGAAUGUCGCUGGGACAACACGUGACAAUCAGCUUCCGGUUCCGGACAAGCGUUACCGCCAAAAAAGGUAAACUGAUGCACAUCGUUUCUAACUGUUGCUACAGUUGUGCUGGUGAACCACAGCCGUCCCUGGAUGUUGCUAUAAUUCCCGCAGAUCAAGGAGGUGUGGCUGUAUUCAGUACUACAACUAGAGAAGCCGGAGAAAUCUUCCUGUUUGUACCUUAUAAAGAUACUUUUACAGGCUGGAAUAAUUUAGAAUAUAGAUAUGAUGGGCUCAACAUGCGUGGAACAGUAAAUGAACAAUCAGCCCAGAAAAGCAUAGUUGGAAACAUUAUUGGUAGAUCAGAGCCGUUAUUGAUUGGAUCAUGCGGACAAACAAAUGCUUAUGACGGAUUCCUUGAUGAGUUCAAAUUCUACAUGUGUAAUCCUUGAGUAAAGAGCGAGUUGUCAUGUUGGAGUUACAAAUGUGCACUAUCUUGGACAACUUUGAGUAUUCGGAUGAAACCUGCAGGAAUUUAUUUUCACAUUGAAUAUUAAAACCUGCUUUAUUAAAAAUAAACAGUGCAAAAACUUGAUGAAAUAACACAUAUAUGUCGGUGUGUAAGACAUAAAAUAUUUAAUAGUCAAUACAUGUAUAUUAACCUGGCUGCACUCAUAUAGACAUGUUACAUGUACAUAUAAAUAUUAUUAAUUUUAAAAAAUAAAAUCCAAUGAACGAUAGAAAUACAAAUACAUAUAAUAAUUCAUGUUUGUACCGCCGAUUUUCAUUGGAUAGUCGUGACAUUUACAUGUAUAUCAUGUACAUUGUUCAUAUGGUUGCUGUCUAUUCAUGAUUUCUUACACGCUUCACACUAUUCCCCUAUCAAACAAAUAGGGCAAUCAAAUGCAAUAAUACUCGAUGUAUAUACACAACAUGAAAAACGAAUGAUUACACGUCAUAUGACGCCAAUAAACCAAAUGACGUCGGGAAAAUAACUUCUACACUCAAUGUAUUAUCAAUUCUCAUUCUAUUAGCACCUUAGAAUGGAAAUAGUUAAUCACUGGGCAUGUCGGCCAUUGUAAUUAUAUUCUUGCGCAUUUAAACAUCGUGCAUUAUUCUACAACAAUUCACUCAAAAUUGAUAAUGGUUUCCUAAGUAAUUAUUUUUUCUCAAAUACUGAAAGUUUGCUGUAUUUUAAAUUAGUUAUGUAUUAUAAAUUAGUUACAAAGAUUAUUGACAUAAUAUAUAUAUAUAUGGCUGUAUAUAAACAGUUGGUUGCACUAUAACCCAAGCAGACAGACAAGGGUUAUAUUGGCUUUCAACCAAGUAAAUAUGUCCAUAUAGCCUGAUGGCUCAGAUUAUAUAACCAAACAACCAUUUAUUUAGGGCCAUAAUUAUAACCUAUCAAAAAUCUUUAUAACUUACACUAUACUGUACAGUACCCAAAAAAAUGUAUAGUUAUAAUAAAUGAUUGAAAACCUAUUAGACAUUACACUGUCAGAUUGAUGAAAGAAUAUGUGAUAUAAUUCUUUUAAAAUAUAUGAAUUUACAAAUGUCAAUUGUAAAAAAGAAUAAUAAUUCAAUUGUUUUUUCCACAUUCCAUCAAAAUCUUUGUUAAAAUGUCAUGAAUUUUGUAUAUUUUCUGUAUAUCUUAAUAUGAUAAAUUUUC